CUUUAAACUUGAACCACGGGGGUGGGUGGGAGUUUCCCUCAACUGGUCAUUUUCUCUUUGGAAAGCGGGAUUGAAAUCCAGCCUGCAGGGUCUGGCUAGGCAGGGAGCAGCAAACAACCUGGUUCACCGAAAUUCCCAGAUAAUCAGGAGAGAGAGUUUGGAUCAUACAUUCAUUUUUAGGAAGUGAAAUCAAAACUUACAAACGCAGAUGUAACCCUGGCGAGGGAGCAGACAUGACACUGCCCUACCUCAUCCUGGGGCUCCCCACUAAGUGUAGAUUCCAUCAGUAACAGGAAGUUGCCCACCAGUGGUGCAGGUCGGAUUGAGCACUGGCGUUGACCAUGAGUGAGCGGCAGACCAACGUGAACAGCCUGUUCCUGAACGAGGAGUCGGGCAAGCGGAGCGCCGCGGACAGCCGAGUCCAGCGCUUGCAGAAGGCGGUACGCAGCCGAGCUGGAAGAGCCAAGAAGAGCCUGAGUAACAUCAGCCGCCAAAGUGUGCUCAGCUUCGUCAAGAAAAAUGCCUUUGUCCUUCUAACUAUAUUUGCGGUCAUUCUGGGUAUCAUUCUAGGGUUUACCCUCCGUCCCUACAAGCUGUCCUAUCGUGAGAUUAAGUAUUUCUCUUUCCCGGGUGAGUUGCUGAUGAGAAUGCUGCAGAUGCUGGUGCUGCCACUCAUUGUUUCCAGUCUGGUUUCAGGAAUGGCAGCUCUGGACAGCAAAGCAUCUGGUAAAAUGGGAAUCCGAGCUGUUGUUUUCUACAUGGUAACCACUAUCAUCGCUGUGUUUAUUGGAAUUGUGAUGGUAAUGAUCAUCCAUCCUGGCAAAGGAUCAAAAGUUGACCUACAUCGGGAAGGAAAGAUUGAGAAGGUGCAGGCCGCGGAUGCUUUCAUGGACCUAAUCAGGAAUAUGUUCCCACCCAAUCUAGUUGAGGCUUGUUUCAAACAGUACAAAACAAAUUAUGGCACACGAAAAAUCUUGAGACCGACAUCAUCAUCUAUCAAUUUUACAACCACCACUGAACCAUCCAUGAUAGAAAACAUAACUGAAGCAUUCAAAAAUUUAGAGGAGUUGAUGUUUGUUGAGGAGGUUAUUCCAGUUGCUGGUUCUUCCAAUGCAGUGAAUGCAUUGGGCCUCGUUGUCUUCUCCAUUGCUUUUGGUCUGGUAAUCGGCAAUAUGAAACAGCAAGGCCGGGCACUGAAGGAGUUUUUUGACUGCCUUAAUGAAGCCAUCAUGAGACUGGUUGCAAUUAUAAUCUGGUAUGCCCCUAUAGGUAUCCUCUUCCUGAUUGCAGGCAAAAUCAUGGAAAUGAAAGAUCUUACUGUGAUGGGUGGACAACUGGGAAUGUAUACUGUGACAGUGAUAAUUGGACUGCUCAUUCACGCACUCGUUGUCCUGCCACUUCUUUAUUUCAUAGUCACCCACAAGAAUCCUUGGGUUUUUAUUGGCGGGUUGUUGCAAGCUUUGAUUACUGCCCUUGGCACUUCAUCCAGCUCCGCAACUCUCCCAAUCACCUUCAAGUGUUUGGAAGAAAAUAAUGGUGUAGACAAGCAUGUUACUCGCUUUGUCCUUCCUGUUGGAGCUACUAUUAAUAUGGACGGCACAGCACUUUAUGAAGCCCUGGCUGCCAUUUUUAUUGCACAAGUCAACAAUUAUGAUCUAAACUUCGGACAAAUCAUAACUAUCAGUAUCACUGCAACAGCAGCCAGCAUUGGAGCUGCAGGAAUACCACAGGCCGGCCUUGUUACCAUGGUGAUAGUGUUGACAUCCGUUGGACUUCCCACGGAGGACAUCACCCUGAUCAUCGCGGUGGACUGGUUCCUGGAUCGUUUGCGAACCACCACAAAUGUACUCGGCGAUUCACUGGGAGCAGGCAUUGUGGAGCACCUGUCAAGGCAUGAACUGCAUAGAACAGAUGCAGAAGUUGGAAAUUCUGUCAUCGAAGAAAAUGAGAAACCUUAUCAGCUCAUCUGCCAAGAGCAUGAAAACCAGAAGCAUUUGGAUAGCGAGACCAUGAUGUGACCCUGAAACUAAGACAGGCUUAGUACUGUAGGAUAAAAACAUACCACCAUGUAAAUUUUGUGUCUGUGCAUUUCUAACCAAACUAGUCAACAAAAGAAUGUCUAAAAUAGCCUAAUUCAGCAAGAAACUCUCAAUGUAAGAGCAGACCUGUAUGCAUGUGUAUCCCCAUGUGUGCGUGUACAUAUGAGUGUUUUCAUGUACAUAUGGAUGUCCAUGUUUGUGUGAAUUUUCAUGAAUGAAUGUCUCCACCUGUGUUUGUGUGCAUUUCUGUGUAGGUGCGUAUUAUUUUGAUUAUAGACAGACAGACACGCGCAUGCGCACACACACACACACACACACACACAGAAGCACUCACACUCUCUCACAUAUACCCAUGCAUAUUUAUGCACGCACACACAUACAUAUGCACACACAAACACACAUAUAUCCACACACAGACAUGCACAUAGAGACUAUCUCAGACAGUAUGUAAGCAUAAACACAUACUCAAGUCAGUUUGAAUUUGGAAAGUUGUGUCCUCAUGUGCGACAGUAUUUAUACAUAUUCAUGUGUACAGGUCUCUACAUGUGUGUGCCUUUGUACAUGCAUGUAUGUGGAGUUGUCCUUAACUGGAAUUGGUUGCCUUUUAAACCAGGUGGAUGCCUCAGUAGCACUUUCCUAACUGGGACAUGAUUUCUGCUGCGUGUAGGGUGUAGUGAAAUAGUAAAAAUAUCACUGAUUUUACUAUACUCAGCACACAAGAAAUCUCCCACUGUCAGAAAAGGAUUAACUUCCAUUAAAAAUACUUGAUGAAGAAUAAAACAAAUUCAAAGGGACAGAGAAAGUGCAGGGAAAUGGGGUAGUAGUAGGUAGAUCUGAUAUGGAGCAAUAACAAAAAACAGUGCUGAAAUAGUCUCCAUCUGUUCUGAGAUUUCCACAAUGCUAUUGGGACAUACUCCUGUGUCAAGCUGGUUUUUCAGAGUUUUGAUGUCUUGGCAGACAUCUAACAAGGGGCUGAUUUUCUUCAUCUGACGCAAGUCAUGCCUAAAAGGUUAAGAUGUGGUGCUAGAUCCAUUUGAGUGUUGGGACCGAUUUUGUGCUAUACUGUAAAAUUGAUGAUGGUAAACAGGCAAAAAUAUUUUAUAUCACUUCCAAUUUUUGUUUCCAUUGAAACCCAGAAAGAUCUCAAUUAUCCAGUUACAUAGGGUGUUAAUUUCUGCCAUUUUAGAUACAGUGUAAGAGGAGGAAAGGGACACAUGAGGCCUUGGAUCAGCACUACUGCAUAUUAAUGUCAAACUCCUGCAGUUUUCUUAUUGGGAUAGGGGUAGGGAGGCGUGGUGGAUUCCACUAUAACCACGUUGAAAGUGGGAAUGUUUGAGGAAAUUCCUCCCAUAAGUCUCUGUAUUCAAAUAAACUCAGAGACUCAGCAGGUCUGGCAGCAUCUGUAGAAAGAGAAACAGAGUUAAUGUUUUGAGUCUGGUAUGACUCUUCUUCUCUCCUACAUCAUCCUAUCCCAUUUCUGAUACUCUUCAGCUGAUCUGGCCUAAAAGCAGGAAGUGCACAAUGUCUCCUCUUUCACAAGACUGCUCUGCCCCAAUUAUUGUUAUUUACCAUCAUGAGACCAGAGAAGUAAAAUAAAACUGAACAACAUAUUAUUAGCUAGUUAUUGUAGCAGGCACACCCCAAUUCAUUAAUCUGCCAGGGUGAUGCAGACACAUAAUCUUAGGAAGCCCUAAUAAUAACACUAAAGUAGAUCCUUUGAGUAACUCCAGCUAUACUGCAUCAAUUAGACUCAGUAAACUGUAUGCACACUCCCAGCAUCAGAAGAGGUAGAAAUCCUUUAGACAUUCUAAAAAUAAUGUUUCCAAACCUUCCGAUGUUCUCAUUGUCAGAUGAUGUAAAAUGUACAAUAUCUGUGAUGUACUUCUAAUCUCUAAAUGAUAUGUGGCUUAAGAUCAGAAACGUGUACUCAAUUCAAACAAGGCAUUGUACUUCCAUAUCACUGACUCACUUCUGAGUAAAGUCUCUACUGUUCCUCCA